AUGCCAUAUUUUUACUCCCUUGGUAACUUUCUAAGUGAAGCAUUUACUAAUACAGAUAUCUACCAGCAGUCUCCAACCAACAGCUCCUCCCGCUCUACUUCUCGUUCGGCGGACUCAUAUACUGACGAAGAAGGGUCAGGAGUUCGUGUCCCAAGAGCAAGCUAUUCCGACGACGACGAUUCCUGGGAUCCAAUCUACGACGCCGACGAGCUCAUCUCACCAUCUGAAUCGGCAUCUCGUCCGGCGUCUCGUCCGCGAACAGGCCAGCGAUAUCGGACAAGCGAGAGUCGCCCACCUCCCGUUUCUCGCCCUACCCGCAGACACACAACUGCGGAACGACCAACAGCCCAUCGACCCUCAACCCGCGUUCAUCGGCACCCUGCGCCGGUACCACCAUCAAGCGUGGACCCCUUAGAGGACUACCCGGGCUAUGGCCGAGGCUACCCUGCCCCGCCGCCUGGGCAAUACGGUGGGAGGGGACCUGGGCCUGGCUAUGCCCAAAGUUCAUUUUCGGGGGCGCCUGGUGGUGGCUAUGCGCCACCAUUUGGCGGACCCCCUGGGGGAGCGUUAACCCAUUAUGGAGGAGGUGGUGGAUAUCCAUAUGCCCCUCAAAACAAUCCAUUCUCUCCUCAGCCGCAAACUCCAGGGCCCGGGGGAGCUGGAUACUUCAAUGCUCCCAGUCCACACCCACAAAUGCCUCCUCAUAGCGCGGCAGGAGGUUACCCAGGCCAUGAUCUAAUGCCUUAUCCGCCGGCACCCGGGUUUGCUGGUUAUCCCGGCUAUGGUAUGCCUCCUGGGAUGGGUCAAGGGAUGCCUCAACACCAGUACUAUCCACAAUGGCCGCCAAGCGACCCAUCCGUAGUCGCCGACCCUGAGACCGAGAAGAAGCUUCUGGCUGUUGAGGAGCUCAUGAAGAGCCAGAAGAUCGACUACGAACGAGCCAAAAAGGAGCUGGCUGACAGGGAUGCAAAGGAAGCGGCGGAAAAAGCCGCGGCGGAGGCAGCCAAGAAAGCGGCUGAGGAGAAGGCUGAAUGGGAGAGGAGAAUGGCGGAAGAGAAGGCGUCGCUGGAAAAGAAAGCAGCAGACGAGAAAGCAUCGCUGGAAAAGAAAAUGGCGGAUGAUAAAGCAGCAUUAGAAAAGCAAAUCGCAGAUGAAAAGGCAGCAUGGGAGAAGAAAGUUGAGGAGGAGAAGAAGACUGCCCUCGCCAAGGGCGCUGAGAACGUGAGGAAGCAGGUUGAAGCGGAAAGGAAGAAAGCUGAGAUGGAGGCUGCUGAGGCUGCCGCAAAAGCUGCCGCUGCCGCCGAGUUGAAGAAGCUUAAAGAAGACGCUGCUGCCGAGCACAAGAAACUUAAGGAAGAUGCAGCUGCCGAGCACAACAAGCUGAAAGAGGACGCUGCUGCUGAGGCGAAGCAGCUUAAAGAAGAGGCUGCUGCAGAAAAUGACAAACUCAAGAAGGAAGCGGAAGCCGCUUUGGCAAAGGCUAUGGCCAAACCCGAAGAAGACAAGAAAAAGCCCAUCAAGUUUAAGGACGCCGUUGGGCGGAAGUUCAGCUUUCCAUUUCAUCUGUGUACAACCUGGGUUGGAAUGGAGGAGCUUAUAAGACAAGCAUUCGUUCAUGUAGAUGUGAUCGGCCCUCAUGUAGCAGAUGGACACUAUGAUUUAAUUGGUCCAAACGGAGAGAUCAUUCUUCCCCAAGUUUGGGAGACAAUGAUUGAGCCGGAUUGGUCAAUUACAAUGCAUAUGUGGCCGAUGCCUGAGCCCAAGCCAGAACCGAUGCCGGGGCCUCCACCUGGCCAUCCCCUCCACGAACGACCUCGCAGUCGCCAUGACCGUCAUGGUGGGGGGAACCCCCGUGGCCCUCCGCAGCCACCCGUUGGUCAUAGGGGAGGCCCCCCACCGCCGCCGCCGCCGCCUGGUUGGCCUGGAGGUCCUCCUAGGCAUGGGCCGCCUCCUGAUAGACACGGUGCGGGUGGCCCACCUAUAAUGGUCCUUGACCCAAGAGAUCCCGGCCCAUCAGCAAAACCAAGUAGGAAAAAAGAACCUGCGAAAGGAAUGUUAGGGUGGAUGGCAGGGAAGCCGUCUAAACCGUCGGGAAAAGGUCCAAAAAAAGCUGAACCUGACGCAUGUCAUAUCAUGUGA